AUGCAGGAAUCCCACAGCGACUCCGAAUCUGCCACUCACAUGAAGAUCGAGGGAAUCAACGACGAGAUUGUAGAAGCUACUAUUGCCCAAUUACAGGCCACCUGUAACCGACCUCAUCUGGUGCGAGAGCUGGCAACUGUGCUUUCGCAGCAGAUUCCAAUUGUCAAGAACUCUGCAAACCCAUGCGCCAUUGUUUCUUCCCGCCUCUCCGCCUACCUGAAGCGUUCCUGUUGGAGUGGUCGGGUACCUUGCCCAAUGGCUAAGGAACUCGAAAAGAUACACCCACGCCGGACAUAUUUUUAUCUCACAACGCGGCCAAGACUGCCUUUCCCAGACUCUCCGGCCUUCGCUCAGCGUGUAGUCAUCUCUCCAUCUCUCUCCAGCAUCGCAUCUGGAUCCGAAGAUGGUGACGACAUCGACCUUCGCCGGCGGGAUUUAAGCCCCUCCCCCGAGGUUGAUCUUUCCUCUCCUGAAUUUGAUGAUGGUGACGACGACUUUGCCAUGCCUACUACUCCCGUCGGGUCCCUACCAAGCAGCUUCCGGUACUCAAGAAGUCAACGCAGUGCCUCUCCUCCGCUGGAAAAGGAUGAACGAGAGUUUACGCAGACGGCAGACGGUCUGCAGAAACGCAAGCUCGCCCGAGAACUGUCUUCGACGGGCAAUGGCGAGCAAUCUGCCAACGCCUUUGAACCGGCUCGGGAUUAUGGCAUGUUCGACGAGAAAACCGGCGUGGCCGUUAACAGCGGGUUGGCAAAUAUGCAUCAGUUCAUGACAAGCCCAGCCUUCAAGGCAACCGUCCCGGCGAGCGUCAGAAAGGAAAGUGACGGCGACAGCUGGUUCAAGCUAGGGGGCCUCCUAGAAUGGGAUCAUAGCCCUGAAAGCAUUGAACUUGAUGAGCUCGAUUGUUUGCUGGACUCUUGUUAA